AUGAAUCAACUUCGCGACUCCAAACUGCUGAACUCUGAGCACAGCACCAUGGUUUCACUCAAAUUAAAAGACUAUCCUGAGGACGCAGCUGGUCUGCUCUGUCCGUUGUUGUUGAUUAAAGAAGAAACUCUCCCUGAACACCAGGAAUGGAAUCUGAGUGUUGACCAGGAGGACAUUAAAGAAGAAGAGAAGCUGUGGAUAAGUCAGCAAGGAGAGCAGCUUCAGCAGCUGGAGGAGGCAGAUCUCACCAAGUUUGGUUUCACUGCCGUCCCUGUGAAGAGUGAAAAUAACAAUGAAAAACCAGAGUCAUCACAGCUUCAUCAAAGCCGAAGUGAUGAGAGCACAGAGGCUGAGCCUGUAGGCAGCAGCUCAUCUGUACACAGAACACUGACAGCAGAAGCUGAUGGAGAGGACGAUGGAGGACCACAACCAGCCAGCAACUCAGGUCCAAACAGUCAUUUACAACCACAUACCAGUGGUAGGAGUUCAGACAGUUCUGGAAGUGACACUGAUGAUAGUUUUGACUGGGAACAGGCCAGAGAACUUGUUUCAUGUUUUAACUGUCAAAAAAAUACCAAUAUUGUUGAUUCAGGCAACACUGAUGAGAAACAACCUAAUUGCUCUAAAUAUGGAAAAGCAUCUGGUCACAUGAACACAGGACAAAAACCAUUUGUCUGUUUUGAGUGUGGUCGAAGAUUUGGGCUAAAGAGCACUCUGAAUAGACACAUGAUAAUUCAUACAGGACAAAAAGCAUUUGUCUGUUCUGAGUGUGGUCAAAGAUUUGGGCGAAAGAGCACUCUGAAUAACCACAUGAUAAUUCAUACGGGGCAAAAAGCAUUUGUCUGUUCUGAAUGUGGUCAAAGAUUUGGGCUAAAGAGCUACCUGAAAACACACAUGAUAAUUCAUACAGACAUGCAACCGUUGUUGGUGAUUAAAGAAGAAACUCUCCCUGAACACCAGGAAUGGAAUCUGAGUGUUGACCAGGAGGACAUUAAAGAAGAAGAGAAACUGUGGAUAAGUCAGCAGGGAGACCAGCUUCAGCAGCUGGAGGAGGCAGAUCUCACCAAGUUUGGUUUCACUGCCGUCCCUGUGAAAAGUGAAAAUGAUGAACAACCAGAGUCAUCACAGCUUUAUCAAAGCCGAAGUGAUGAGAGCACAGAGGCUGAGCCUGUAGCCAGCAGCUCAUCUGUACACAGAACACUGACAGCAGAAGCUGAUGGAGAGGAUGAUGGAGGACCACAACCAGCCAGCAACUCGGGUCCAAACAGUCAUUUACAACCAGAUACCAGUGACAGGAAUUCAGACAGUUCUGGAACUGAGACUGAUGACAGUUAUGACUGGAAACAGACCAGAGUACUUCAGUCAAGUUUUAACUGUCGGGAAAAUAUCAGUAUUGUUCAUUCAGGCAACACUGAUGAAAAGCAAUUUAAAGUCUCUAAAUAUGGAAAAGCAUCUGGUUUGGACAUAAGAGCUCCCUGA